GAGGUGCCCCUCCCCCUCCCUCUCGGGCAGGAGCUACGCGGCGGCGCCGAGGCCUCCAGCCCGGUAACGGCCGUUCCCCCUCCCCCAUCCCCGCCGCGGAGGUGGCAGCGGCAGCGGUUUCCUCGUCUCCCCUCCAGCUCCUCGGCUGAGCGGCGGCCCUGCGGGGCACACACACUGAAUGUAAAUUUGAAGUAAGAAGAGUUAAUGUAACAAAGUGCCAAAGCUGCUAGAAGAUGGCAGAAGAGGUGGUGGUGGUAGCCAAAUUUGAUUAUGUGGCCCAGCAAGAGCAGGAACUUGACAUCAAGAAGAAUGAAAGACUUUGGCUACUGGAUGAUUCCAAGUCCUGGUGGAGAGUUCGAAAUUCUAUGAACAGAACUGGAUUUGUGCCUUCUAACUAUGUUGAAAGGAAAAACAGUGCUAGGAAAGCUUCUAUUGUAAAAAAUCUAAAGGAUACUUUAGGUAUUGGAAAAGUGAAAAGGAAACCCAGCGUGCCAGAUUCUGCAUCUCCUGCUGAUGACAGUUUUGUUGACCCUGGAGAACGUCUCUAUGACCUCAACAUGCCUGCUUAUGUGAAAUUCAAUUACAUGGCAGAGAGGGAGGAUGAAUUAUCUUUGACAAAAGGGACAAAGGUGGUUGUCAUGGAGAAAUGCAGCGAUGGUUGGUGGCGGGGGAGCUAUAAUGGACAGGUUGGAUGGUUUCCUUCAAACUAUGUGACUGAAGAAAGCGACAGUCCUUUGGGUGACCAUAUGGGCUCCUUAUCAGAGAAAUUAGCAGCUGUUGUCAACAAUUUAAAUAGUGGACAGGUGUUACAUGUGGUACAAGCUCUCUACCCAUUCAGCUCCUCCAACGAUGAAGAGCUAAAUUUUGAGAAAGGGGAAGUGAUGGAUGUUAUUGAAAAACCUGAAAAUGACCCUGAGUGGUGGAAAUGUCGGAAGAUUAAUGGGCAGGUGGGCCUGGUGCCAAAGAACUAUGUUACUGUCAUGCAGCAUAGUCAACUAACCUCAGGAUUGGAACCGUCACCUCCACAGUGUGAUUACAUUGGCCCAUCAGUCACUGGCAGAUUUGCUGGCAACCCGUGGUAUUAUGGGAAAGUCACUAGACAUCAGGCCGAAAUGGCAUUGAAUGAAAGAGGGAAUGAAGGGGACUUCCUCAUUCGGGAUAGCGAAUCUUCACCAAAUGAUUUCUCAGUAUCUUUGAAAGCUCAAGGGAAAAACAAGCAUUUUAAAGUCCAGUUGAAAGACACUGUUUACUGCAUUGGACAGCGUAAAUUCAGCACCAUGGAAGAACUUGUAGAACAUUAUAAAAAGGCACCAAUUUUUACAAGUGAACAAGGAGAAAAAUUAUAUCUCAUCAAGCAUUUAUCAUGAUAGAAAGAUGACCAGAAUAACUGCUGCAAAUUUCAAAUUAGAAAUAUAAUUGAAGACUAAGAAGAUGUUGGUCCAAUCGUGCCAGACCGGAAAUUGAUGUUUUUAACUCUAUAUGAAAUUGACUAUAAUACAUAUGUAUUUUUAUUAUAACAUAGCAAUGCACAUAUAUGCCAUUUUAUGUAAAAAAAAAAACUUUGUAAAGCAAUUGCUUCCAUCUUUUGAUUUUCAGCUUUAUUGUUACUUUUCCUUUUUCUUGUUUCCAGUAAUAAGUUCUAUAUUUUUUCAUCAUCAGUUCAGUGAAGGACAGACAUCUUUAAAUUAUAGACAUCCUAAAUUACUUAUCCUUUAUUUUUCUAGCAGGGUUACCGUAUUAGGCAAUUGCUUUUGUCACACUGUCUCUUGAAGUAUAAAUUUAUUGUGUCCGUAUGAUGAAAUAUUCUAAAAUAAAUUUCCCUGGAAAUACUAAUCUUUCCUAUGUAGGACUGAAGAGCAAUAAUCACUGUAAAAGAUUAGAGGUGGUUUCCAGGUGCCAUUUUUCUCCUAAGCCAUUGUAAAUACCAAAUAAGCCUGUCUGUCUUAGUUUUUCAAAAUUCAUUCACUGCCUGUGUUUCAUGUAAAACAUGAAAGUUGGAAGAAAUUCUGUGGAGUUUUAAUUUACAGCUAUUGAGGGGGCAGGGGAAAUACCCUAAAGAACUGAAGUGCCCUUUUCUAAUUAUUCUCCAUCUGUUACUUGUGUGAAAACAAAGCAAUCUCUGUGAGAUACAUUUAGCUUUUAAAACGAGAAAUGAACUCUAUAGUGUCGUUUUUUCAAAGGGUUUCACUUCAGGAUGUAUUCUUUCUGUGCCAACAAAAAAUAAGAAAUGGCAAAGUUUUGGGGAAAAGAAUAAACUGUAAGAUACUUGACUUUUUCCUAGGCAACAUCAGCAUCUGUUAGACAUAAUUUAAAAAAAAUUAUAUCCUACUCUCUGCUUUCUAGUUUUGAUAGGAGACAGUCAGGAUUUGUACCUAAACACUAAAUCUAGUGUUUUGUUCCCAGAUAUGCCUUACUUUGAAGAAUUUGUGAACCGAUCCUGCUUUUCUGUGGGAGAAACAGGACUUAUUCAUGUAGUUAUGGAUUUUAUUUCAAAGUCUAUUUUUGUAGAUGCUCUUUAAUCGUGGGUUUUUUUUCCUAACCAAGCACAUUGAUUUCUAGUGGAAAUAUGAGGCAUGACUAUAGUAAUUAAACUAAUUCUGUGUGCCUCAUUGGAAAGUUGGUAUCAUUACUUUAUAGUUACACCUUGUUGAGUAUUUUGCUUUAUUCACAGAUUGAAACCUGAAGAUUUCAGCUGGACGGCCAACUGAAAAUGCUUAUCAAAAAUUAAUUUCAGAUGUUUAUUAGAGCUACUUCAUUUAGUAAAUGGUGGAGAAUCAGUAAAAAUAUAAAUAAUGAGCAAUAUUUUGUGGAGUUUUAAGGUUAGGAUGAUCCUUUUGGUUUUUUAAGCAAGAAUUCUUCAAUGUUUCUUAAAUAUGUGAACUAUUUAUCUUUCUGUGGCUCUAAAUGUUAUUUACAGACUCUUAAUGAACCAAAAGAACUUUAAAAAAUUGAAGUCUGGAAAUUUAAUUCAGUUUUGAAAAACAUAAUUAUCUUAUACAUGAUUUUGUCUUAGUUAUUUAUUACUUUAGUGUUGCCACUGGGUGGCAGUCCUGGCUUCAGAAACUUUGCUAAUCUACCAUAAAAUGAUAGAACUUUCCAAAUGUUAUAAAGGCAGUGCUGUUAAGGUGAUCAGCAUUAUUCCUCUUCUGCUUUUCUAGCUUAGUUAAUAUUGAUCUUUCUAACUCAGUGACACUUUGUUUAUAAAAGCUAAUUGUUGUUAGAAAACUUUGAUAGUAAUAAAUGUGAUGUAUGCUUACUAUUUUUACAAAUUUUACUUAUCAGGAAUAAAAGUAGAUCAUUAGACACACCAAUUAAUACUUCUGCAGAUUUACAGGAAUACCUAUUGGGAAUGGGCCUCAGUUCCUUCAUAUAUAAAAUGAAGGGAUUAGACCAGACACUCUACAGACCUUUAACACUGUAAAAAGAGAAGGAAUAGGUCCAGUCUCUGCAAAUAGGGUAGAAUUUACCUUCAUUGUGGAAAUGUUUUUUUGAAUAAUGAAAGAUUAAUGCUUGAGAGUGUCAUAACUCAGUUCUCUUCUCAUGUAUUGUGUUAAUGUUGAAUGGGAUUUUCAGAAAGCAGCUAAGAACAUGCAUUUCUUGACACAAUUAGGUCAUUAUUGCUGUUGCUAAAAAUGCCUUGUGGAGGUCAGUGAUGUCCAUAUUUUCUCGUAUUAUGUCCAUUCAGGAUAAUGAUCAUGCCAAAGUGAACCACAUAUUUAUUUUAUACCAGUGGGCUGAAAUAUUUUCAUGUAAGCCUAACACACCUAAGUGAUAUAUAUGCACAGUUUUUUUUUGUAUUACCAACCUUCUUUGCUCUUUAACCUCAUUGUCGCUUCCCAGUAUCCUUCUUUUCUCAUAGAUAGAAAAUUCCCUUAUGACAAAAGAAGUUAAGUAAAACCAGCCAACACAUUGACCAUGUCUGAAAGUAUAUGUAGCAUUCUAUAUUGAUAGUCCCAUCAUCUGUCUACCAAGAAGAACAAAGUAUUAAUAUUAGUGAGCCAUGAAAAAAUUGAAUCAGAAGAAUCCAGAGCAGCAUAGGCAGACUUGAAUGAACUGAUUCCAAUAUAAGUAAGCAGAGCUAGGAAAACAAAAUAAAUGACUUGCCAACAUUGUAAAGGUUGGGGUGGUGGGGUGGGGGGAGAAACAAUACAUUAAUUAUAUCUGAACUUCAUCCUGGGAAAAAAUGAAAAAAUGCACCUUCUUUGUAGAGGUGAGAAGCUGUGAGUGUGAAACAUUGCAUAUACUGUAAAACUCAGUUGGUGUCUUAGUUUUGCUGAACUUAUUUUUUAUUUCUCUUUUAUUUGUUGCAAGGGAUGGCUCUCUGGGUAGGGAAUGGGGAAGAGCUAUGUUCAGAAAUGAAGGUGAUGUAAAAAUAUAUAGCAAUAAAAGUUGAGGGGGAAAAUAAAAUAUGUUUCACCAGUC